AUGACAAAAGAGUUGCACAAGCGCCACCUUAAUAGUGAGACCUGGGUCGCUAAGGGGAUGAAGGUAACUCCGGCAGCAGAUAAGAUUUACAGCUCUCAGCUUGCUGAAAUGGGAAACUACAAUGUGACCAUGACGAUUAAGGGCAAGCAAGCCUCGGUGUACAGGGUAGGGCAGAGCCCACCUCUCCGUCGGACUGUGGAUCUCGAAGGGAACCGGUGCACGUGUGCUUUUAUGGACCAACACCAAAUCCCGUGUAAGCACAUGAUAGCGGUCUUGUCACAGGCCGACUCGACUCGACAGUGUUCUCGCGUUUUGGUUCGUGCUACAUGGUCUCCAGCUACUCCAAAGCGUUCGGAACGGCAUCCGUAA